AUGUCGGAAUCAACACCCAAAUUGUCAUUCCGUGAACAAAUAAAGGGGUUCCCUCUAUGGCAAAUGGCUAUUCUUAGUUGUAUGCGAUUUGCAGAACCUCUUGCAUUGACAUCUCCAUUCCCCUAUCUUUAUUUCAUGAUUCGUGAUUUCAAAAUCGCCAAGACUCCUGGUGAUAUUGCCAAGUACUCUGGUUAUUUGGCAGCAUCAUUUGCCUUGUUUGAAUUCUUAUGUUGUGCUCAAUGGGGAACAAUUUCUGAUAAAGUAGGAAGAAAACCUAUUUUGCUUUGUGGGUUAGGUGGAACGGCUGUUGCUAUUAUAAUCUUUGGAUUUUCCACUAAUUUCUUUACUGCCAUGUUUGCUAGAUCACUUAUGGGUUGUUUUAAUGGUAACAUUGCCGUAUUGAGAACUGCAAUUGGUGAAGUAGCUCACGAAAAGAAACACCAAGGUCUUGCAUUUUCUUGGUAUUCUUUAUUAUGGAAUGUGGGUGCUGUACUUGGUCCCAUGAUUGGUGGAUCAAAGUAUUUGACUAGACCUAAAAUAGAUGGGGAAGAACCCAGCUUGGUCACAUCAAUCUUUAUGACAUCCAAUGGAGAUCUGGCUUAUUGGGAUUUCGUUAAUAGUCACCCUUAUGCAUUAUCUAAUAUAGCCAUUGGUUUAUUCUGUGGCUUUAGUUUCACUAUUGGAUUGUUAUUUUUACAAGAACCUAAUGAAAGAUUUCAAAACAGAAGAGACUGGGGGUUAGAAAUUGGAGAUUUUAUAUUGAAAAUUUUGGGAUUUGAAAUGCCUGUCAGACCAUGGCAAAAGUCAGAAACUCAACCAUCCGAAACUACGGCCUUAAUUGGUGAUUUAAAUUCUUCAGUUUUUGAUGAAACUUCCGUCAAUGCUUAUGCACCCGAAUCAACUUAUCCUGAUGCUGUUGCAAGAAGAUAUUCUUCCGAACAAUUGGGACCCGUGAUUUCUCCAACAGCUUCAAAUUCAGUUAUAAGGACCAACAUUGACCAUUCAUUCUCCAGAGAAAUAUUCACUCCUCCAGUUGUACAAACUACAAUUGCAAAUUUCUUGAGUGCAUUCCAUUAUGUCAUUUUCACAGAAUUUCUUCCUGUUUUACUUGCUGGACAAUUCAUGCCUGAAAAAUUAAAGUUUCCAUUCACCAUUUCAGGAGGGUUUGGAUAUGAUAGUAAUAUGAUUGGGAAUUUACUUUCAAGCACCGGAUUAAUUGGAGCUGUUGGUAUAUUGUUUAUCUUUCCAUAUCUUGAUCGUAAUUUCAAAACAAUUACAACAUUUAGAGUAUCAACCAUCAUUACUCCUUUUGCAUAUGCUGUUUUACCAUUCUUGAUAUUUACUAAGCAUGAUUUCGACUCAAGAUAUGCUCCAUGGUUUACCAAAACUUUACUUUAUAUUUUAUGUUGUUUGGAAUCUUGUUCGUCAUCGGUUGGAUUCCCUAAUUUGUUGAUGUUAAUCCAUAGAGCUGCUCCUGCAAAACAUAGAGCUUUUAUUAAUGGAACCAGUUUGAGUUUAAACUCUUUGGCAAGAUGUCUUGGUCCUAUUGGUUGGGGAUAUCUUAUGACUUUCUGUGAAAAUCACAAUAUGGUGGAAUUAUCAUGGUUAAUAUUAGGAUUAUUGGCUUUCAUUUGUUGUAUACAAUCAUUUUAUAUGAAAGAUUAUGAUGAGGAAGAGGAGUCUAUCGAAGUUGGUAAUCAGGAAGACGUUUAG